AUGAUCGGUCCAGUGCUCAUCCUGCCGGCUACCUGCGUUCAACCGAAGCCACGUGUCCCCGAAGGGAAAGGAACGUCCAUCUCCAACCAUUAUUCCAGUCCGGAGAUUCCCGCCAUGGCACUGGCGCCUAAGGAAUCGCCGGUUCGCUCGGGGAGGCCGUCUUGUUCUGGAAUUCGGUUAGUGCAUUUUGCGCAAGAUUUUCAUGCUGGAGUUCCUUUCGGCGUCCGCGAGGGAUUUGGCCCUAUGGAACGGCCUUCUGACCGGCGUGUCAUCGAGGCCCCUCCUACUGUCGAAGACAAAAAAGGCCCGUCCUCAGGCUCGCGCGCUAACACUAGUAAUGAUCUAUUUUGGACCGGGCGCGGAUCUGAUCAAGAGCAGGAGGAUGUCGGUCAAUGCCGGGUUUGCCGAAUGAGGGCAAGGUUGUCGCCUAGGCGUUUUUUGCCCUCAAAUUGGCCCCUUCGUUCUUCCCUCUCGUCUUUCCCCUUUUACCUGGGUUCCUCUUCGAUGGUCCAAUGCCCACACGAGGAGCUGUGGCUAUGGGCAGGCGCAGCAAUGGCUGGUUGCAGUCCUGAAACGAUGGGGUCGAUCUCACCUGUGUUUCAUCUAUAG